AAACGCUACGCAUGCGCUGUGGAUUUUUUUAUUGAUCGACCUAUGUAUCACUGCAGAGUGCUUAAAGCUUAAAAAAUUGAGUGCAGUUUCUGGACCCCUAAGUUUUGUGGAAUUUUGACUGAUUUAUUGACGGUUUUGAGUUUGGAAAACAAUAUGUCUUCUGCUGAAGAAACUAACAGGCUACUGGACGGAAAUGAUUCUGGAAAUGAAACGCUGACCUUUAAUAUUGGAGGAGUCGUAUUCGAAACAUACAGAUCUACAAUUAUGCAAAUACAGAGCGGUCCUCUGAGAGAUGAGAGUUUUCUGAAGACAAUUCAUAGACCUGGGAAAAACGAUUACUUCGUUGAUAGAGACCCGGAUGCCUUUAAGAUUGUGUUAAACUACCUACGAACUGGUCAGGUCUUUAUCCCGUCAAAUAUCGAUGGUCCUCUUGUAAGGAAUGAACUCCUGUUUUGGGGCUUGACUCCCGAUUUGAAAGUGAUUGUCAGCGGAGAUGUUCCAUUGCCCUGUUCUACAAUUGGACAUUUAGCAGGUGUGACUGAAAACAGAAAUAUGUCUCCUCACACUGGAACGGGAAACAAAAUCUGGAAUAUUCUUAGCAACCCGGAAACGUCAAUGUGGGCGAAGAUAUAUGCCGGGAUAUCAUAUUUGUUAAUGUUCCUGUCGGUAGUGAUUUUCGUUGCUGCAACAACGCCAUAUUUGCAAACAGUUCAAACAGUAGAAACCAAUACCACUGUGGACCGUGCCUAUGAUAAAAUCACUGAAGAACCCGUUGUACUUUUUGAGGCUACCAUCAUAUCUUUAGUAUGCUGUUUAUUCUUUACUGUAGAAUACAUCUUACGACUGUUGUACUCACCAAACAGGAAAAACUUCAUUUUGUCUUUCCUUGGUAUAAUAGAUUUCUUGGCUAUUCUACCAGAAUGGCUGUUUUUUAUCAUUGAAAAUCUUGUAGCGGUUAAUAAGUCGUUAAUGUUUCUUCGUGUUUUGAGAAUAUUCCGUAUCCUCCGUCUUUUGAGAAUUUUUAAACAUUUUAAGGUAAUGCUAGGGACGGACGUUUUCGUGUACACUUUAAAGUCUUGCUUUGGGCAGUUGAUUUUUAUUACUUUCCUUUCAUUCAUUCUUGUUGUAUUCUGGGGAACUCUUGUAUAUACCGUUGAAAUUCCUGGUGACGAGUAUGGAACACGAUUUGAAAGUAUUCCAGGCGCGUUCUGGUGGGCAGUUAUAACAAUGACAACCGUGGGUUAUGGCGAUAUGUUUCCGGAAACUACUCAAGGACAAAUAGUGGCUUCUUUAUGUGCAGCAUGCGGUCCAUUGAUAAUUGGACUUCUUGUUGCUGUUCUAGUUAAUGGUAUGAUCAACAGUUCCAGGAAGAUAAAAAUCCUUCCCAAGAAAAUGAUGUUUAAAUAGAAACUUCAUUUGUAGAAGUAAAUGUCAAAUUUGUCUGUCUGUUUUUAAGACAAUUUAUACACUUAUUUUGUCAUACCGGCGGCCCAUCUAACAGGCUUUUCAAAGGAGGACCGAGCUAUUAUUCAAUUAUUGUAUCACUAUACCGGUAUUUUAAAAAUGAAUGGUAAAAACCUCUUCUUUUUAUCAUCCUCUUUGAAGAUAAAAAUGUAAUUUCCCAAUCUUGUUUUGUCAUAACAUUGUAUUUGUUUUAUAUUUUCUCUUAACUGAAUCAUUAUCGUAUGGUAUUUGUAUGUAUUUAUGUAUAUUUUUUUACUUAUACUGUUUACGAAUUCCAAUUUCUCUCUCUAGAAAAGGUACUGUUAAUUAAGUAUAUAGUUGUCUUGCUGGUUAACAUUUAUCCUUUGCCCUUAUCGUAAGGGAGUUUUACUUUCAUUGGGAUGUUUAGAGUCAAUGGUUAAAAUAUGGUAAACAAUAUCAUGUGAGGUUGCCAGUUGGAUUUCUAGUACUGUAUGUUUAAAAAAAUAUUAUCUAAAAACAUAUCUUAUCAUUCUCUUUGUAAUUAAAUGUAUUUUCUAUUACCUGAUUAAGUAUCAUAUUGUAUUUUAUUUAACUAUAUUAAAGGCCAUUAAAGCAUUCUUUUUGAAUACGUUUGUUGAAAUGUCUUACUUUUCGGGCCGUUUGUAUAUAUUGAAUAUUAUUUGAUAUUC